CCGAGUGGAAACCAGGGCACAUCUACCAUCAAGAGAAGAAAAAUGAUCGGACAAAUACGAACGGAAGCCUUGUUUUUCAUUAUAUAUAAACCAACAUAUGCCACUUCAUGAUAAUCUCGAUUACAAUUUGUAGAAGCAAUUGCUAACUUUUCGAUAAUUUUGAAAGACUUGUUAUUCCGUACCUUAGCUAACGUUAACGCCAGACAGACAGCAGCACGAUUUAUUUCCUGCAGGUAAUGCUCGGCAAGUCUGUCUGCAAAACUACAGACAGAAAAAUAACUCAGUGCUCUUAGGCAAACCGAGGCAAAUAUCUAUAACAAUGGUUCAAAAAGAUAAGACGCUGGAGACUCCUCAAGUUGACGGUGAGCCGAGCCCCAGCCCAGUCUCCGGAGAGGCUCGUGCAGAGGCCGCCUGUCCGGUGGAAGAGUCCGGCAUCGGAGUCGAACCGACGGGCAACAGGAAAUUCAUCUGCGGAGUCGUGGAAGGCUUUUACGGUCGACCAUGGACUAUGGAACAGAGGAAAGAGUUGUUCAGAAGGCAGCAGAAAUGGGGACUGAAUACAUACCUUUAUGCCCCCAAAGAUGACUACAAACACAGAAUGUUCUGGAGAGAGAUGUAUUCAGUGGAAGAAGCAGAACAACUCAUGACUUUAAUUGGUGCUGCUAAGGAGCAUGGGAUAGAGUUCAUCUAUGCCAUUUCCCCUGGACUGGACAUCACCUUCUCCAAUCAGAAGGAAGUUACUGCACUAAAGAGGAAACUCGAUCAGGUUACUCACUUCGGCUGCAAGUCAUUUGCCUUACUUUUUGAUGAUAUUGAACACAACAUGUGCCCUGCUGACAAAGAGGUGUUCAGCUCAUUUGCACACGCUCAGGUUUCUAUUACAAACGAAAUCUACCAGUACCUGGGAGAGCCCGAAUCAUUUCUGUUCUGCCCCACAGAGUACUGUGGAACAUUUUGCUACCCAAAUGUCCAUCAGUCUCCCUACCUCCACACAGUAGGAGAGAAGCUACUGCCUGGCAUUGAAGUGCUAUGGACAGGCCCCAAGGUGGUGUCCAAAGAUAUCACAGUGGAAUCAAUCGAGGAGGUGUCAAAGAUCCUAGGAAGAGCCCCUGUGAUCUGGGACAACAUUCACGCCAAUGAUUAUGACCAGAAGAGGCUUUUCUUGGGGCCUUACAAGGGCCGCUCCACAGAGCUCAUCCCCAGACUAAAGGGAGUCCUCACGAACCCUAACUGCGAGUUUGAGUCCAACUUUGUUGCGAUCCACACUCUGGCCACCUGGUACAAGUCUAAUAUGAAUGGGGUGCGCAAGGAUGUGGUGAUGACUGAUGGCGAGGACAGCACCGUGUCCAUCCAGAUCAAGUUAGAGAAUGAAGGCAGUGAUGAAGAACUGGAGACAGACAUGCUCUACAGCCCACAGCUUGCUCUAAAACUGGCUCUCACAGAAUGGCUAGGGGACUUUGUUGAGCCUCAUCAAUACAACAGCCGACAGGUGCCUCAGAGUGGUCCCAAAAGCACCGCCAUCGACGUGACAUCCAUGACUGCUCCCUUGCUCUGCUCUUCCACAACAGUCACGACUGUGUUCCAGCAGCCCAUCAUGUCUCCAGCCAUGCCGCCUCUCUGUCUGGAUCCACUCUCACACCCCUUGGCAAAAAUACCUCAGGACAUAGAGGAGGUGGAGUUGGAGAAGAAGGAUUCAGACGAGGAGCCCAUGGAGAUGGUGGUUGAGAAGCUAGAUGAGCUUGAGCAGGAAGCACAAACCGACCCAGAGGAGAAGCAGGUCGGUCCCAUCUUAGUUGAGAAGAUGGCUGAGGACCUGAAGCCCAUGGAUACAGACAAGGAGUGUCUGACAGAGUCCAAGUCCCCUGAAGAGUCCAUCCAGGAGGACCCUGGGUGCGACAUCGCCCCGAUGCAGACAGAUGAUCAGCUCAAACUGAUUCCACAAGCAUUUGAGUUGUUUGUGCCCGGGCCCGACGAGAAGCCCCUGUUCACCGCAGAGCCCCUCACACUGGACGACCUGAGCCUGCUGGCAGAGCUCUUCUACCUGCCGUAUGAAUACGGACCCAAAGCCGUCCAGAUGCUGAAGGAGUUCGACUGGCUGAGAUCCAACAGCAGCGUUGUGAGCGUCAACUGCAAGAGAAAGGAAACUGAAAAGGUAGCAGAAUGGCAAUCAAGGGCAGAGAAGUUUGAGGACAUGUGCCGCUCAGUCAUCCAGAUGUUCACACGGCUGUCCAAUUCAGCCAACCACACCAUCCUAUACGACCUCUACCCGUACAUCUGGGACAUCAAGAGCAUCAUUUCUAUGGUCAAGUCUUUUGUCCAGUGGCUAGAUGGAAGAAUCCACAGUACAAGUUUCUACUGCUAUUGGAUCGACAGUGGCCGAUGGUGUCGUAGUCAGUCCUCAGCACAGUUCCUUAGAGGAGACCAAGAACCCUGGGCCUUUAAGGGAGGUCUAGCAGGAGAGUUCCAGAGAUUGUUGCCAAUAGAAGCGGCAAACGAUCUUUUUUACCAACCUCCGCCUUCAUUGCCAACUUCCAAAACCUAUUCCAUAAGGCCAUACUUUCCCAAGGAUGAGACUGCCAUUUAUAAAAUCUGUAAAGAAAUGUACUCUGAAGGAAUGGAAGAUGAACCGGUCUCUGAGGAGGAUCCUGACCUCAUUGGAGACAGGUUAGUAGGAGGUCUCCUGUCAUUGAGCUCAGACUACGGGUUUGUGUUGGAGGAUGAUGAAGGGAUCUGCGGUUAUGCUCUUGGCACUGUGGACGUCCAGCCCUUUGUGAAAAAUUGCAAGAUGAGCUGGAUUCCAUUCAUGCAGGAGAAAUACCUCAAACCUGACUGUCAGAAGGAUCUCUCAGAGGCUGAGAAAAUGAUGCUGAGUUUCCACGAAGAGGAAGAGGGUCUUCCAGACACUUUCCUCUCCAACUUCCCCUCUCUCAUCAAGGUUGACAUUCAUGCCAAGGUCACUGACCCCAGUGUGGCCAAAAGUAUGAUGGGAUGUCUUCUAUCUUCUCUUAAGGCAAAUGGGUCCCUUGGUGCGUUCUGUCAUGUCCGGGAGACUGAUAAGAGAAUGUUGGACUUCUACGGUAAGCUGGGAUGCUUUGAAGUGGCCAAAAUGGAGGGCUUUCCCAAAGACGUGAUCAUUAUGGGACGCAGCCUAUGAAGAAACAUCCUGCUGAAAUAACAGACUGACAGAGAGGCAGCAAGACUACGUGGCUCAAACAUGUUUGCCGCCUUCAUGAGAGAAAAAAACUUCCAUGAUGAUUUUAUACUUCAUUACCAUUUGGGCUAGCCCUCGUAAAACCUCUUUUUAGGAUUUGUGUACAGAAGCACAGCAGUCGCACACACAGAUUCCCUACGCUGCCCUUAAAUGUCACGGCUCUGUUUGAUCAGCUGAUCCGAAGCUAAAGGCAGAGGAGCGAUCUGUAAUCAGUUGAUUUGAGCCAACAUGGAAGAGUGGCACUCCAGCAAUGAUUGCAGAGUCCCACUUCUCAUAUACCUCCAGGAGGCAGGAAGUGAAAACUCCCAACAUAAGCCUUUUUCUGAUUUAAUCCAAGUAGUCACUACAUGGAUAUUGCCCGCAUUCCCUAAUGCAAAGUGUCUGCAUCUGAAAUGGAGGCAGAGUUGUGAAAUGAGGGCGGUCUGUAUCUCAGGUAGUGUCUCACUACCCCUGCACCGUUUUCCCAGCUUUAAAACAGUAAAGUUACACAGCUGUCCACACGAACAGGACGACACCUUUGCACAGGGUGUGAGGUGUUGUGCAAGAGUUUGCCUUUCAUCAUCACAUCAUGGUAUUUCCAGUUGCUCCACAAUGGACUUGGAGAAAGAGGCCUUUUUAAAGUGGUUUGUUUUUAUCAGAAAUGCUAAAUCUGCACACACAAUAGGUGGAACAUUGGAAAAUAGUAGCUUUUGGGGUUUAUCAGACCCUCUAUGAAUGAUUAUCCCAGAGCAGCAAGAGGUAUAUUUGUUAAGAUUGUUAAAAACUCAACCAGGAGUUCCUCUGUAUUUCUGUUGAAGUACUGAAGGACAUGGGGAGAGCAAAACAAAAGCUUCCACAGGUUUACAAACUUCAGCCUAAUUAUGUUCAACGCUUUGCUUGUGGCCAUUUUGUUAUAUAAUGAUUUCGUUUUUGCUUAUUUCCCUUUAAGCUAUUGCCUUCUGGUUCAUUGCCUUUGGAUUUUAUGUUAAUAUUGCAGAAACCAGUGUCUUCUGUUUUAGGCUUUCUAAAAAGGUAUCAGUCAGAUAUAGAAGGGUGAUUUUAGGAUAUUGGCCUUGCUCAAAUUCCAGUACUCACAUUUGAUGAAACUUUACUCAAAUCAGCAUUUUUUUGAUAGCAGUACCCUGUUGGACCAAAAUCGUAAUAUUCUUUUAACUGGCAUUCACAUUGAAAUACAUUAGUUAAAAUGUGACCCUAUUGACUUGAAGGUGUUUUCCUUCCCACUCUCAUGAAGCUACUCAGUUUUAUUGUCUUAACCACUAAGUUCAAACCUGACUUAAAAGCAGCAGCUGAUCCGGACUAUGUUCAAGAGACAUGCUGCAACAGUUCUCUUCAACUGGUCAUUAAUAAUGGACAAUAAUUAAUUAUGUCAGCUUUCAUCCCUCCCUGCAUUGUUUUUACCCCGCAUACUCUCAAAUGAAUGUCUUAGUGAGCGGUAUGCUGUCACCAAAGUGGCACCAACUCUCACACUGUUGAGCUGUGGAUUUUGGGACUCAACGCUGACAUUUCCUAUCCAUCCAAUGAAUGUUUUAUAUUCUGACUCGUUUCCCAUUUGUUUUUGUAAAUCUUGUGUGGUUUAAAAAAAAAAAAAGCACUUGGAAUAUAGAUAGGGGUGUUCUGUUGGUUUCAUGAGGAUCAUCAGUUGCUCUUCAGUAGCUGCCUGCCAAUGUGAUGUUUUGAUACUGCGUACAUUUAUAAUGUGCAUGAGGUGUAUUUGGAUUUGCCGUGGCGGUCAUUAGAAUAUCCUCAUGUUGUGCUUCAUGGAGGAAGAAGCAUGCCACUCCCCUCUGAGCAUGAUACUGUAGUCCGUAGACAGUCUGUAAACACUGUCAAUCAUAAAGUGUUAUUAUUUUGUAUAUCUUUAUUGAAAUGGGGGCUCACUUUCUGUUGUCCUUUAAGGAAACCAAAGCGCUGGCCUUGUUCCAUUGCCCUGUCCUGUAAAGCCAUCCGAUGUGAAACUCACCAACAGGUCUGCUCUUUGUCUUCUGAAACAACAGCAGAAUUUUCCCUCCUGUUUUAAAAUGUUUAUUUUGCAGUUGUUCGGUGCUCACGCUUUCUUCUCUGCCAUCAGGUUUUGAUAGAACAGGGCUGUUACUGAGGGGAAAGGGCUCCUUAUGUACAUUUUGAUUAUCUGAGUUUAGGGUUGGGAGGUUCAUAAAAGUGUCUGUUUACCAAUGUAAAAUUUGUAUGUAAGAUACAUAAGAUUCAAAACUAAUAAACCAUAAUAAGUUC